CCAAAGGGACUUCUUUCUUCUUGAUUCACUCAUUUUUAUUGACUCUCCAAGCCAUUAAGUCACCUUACACCUACUAUAUACCCAUCACCAUAUCUUCCUUCUAAGCUACACAACCCACUUAUAAAACCACUCCCUACCCAUCUCCGGCAAGAGAUCCGAUCUCCGAUCACCGCCCUCGCGAUGCCGCGCCUCGCCGUCUUUCUCCUCCUCGCGGUGGCAGCUUUGACCAUCCCCACCACCCACGGAUUAAACCCACGAAAACUCGACGACACCACCGGCGAGAACAAGUGCGGCGGCUGCCCUUGCAACAACCCGUGCCCCGUCCCAUCGCCACCGCCGCCUCCUCCGGCGCUGCCGCCGCCCUCGCCGCCGCCGCCGAAGAAACCGCCGAGCAGCUACUGCCCUCCUCCGCCCGGCGGCGGCUACGUGCCCAGCGGGCCCACCACGCCCAACAACCAAUACAUAUACUUCAACGGCCCUCCCGGCAACUUAUACCCGGUUGACCAGUACUUUUCCGGCGCCGGUAAGCCCGGAUUUUCCCUCUUGAUCGCCGGAGCUUUCUUGGGGGUUCUUGCUCUCUACUGGUGAAGAAUCUCCGGCUAGAAUUAUGAAGAUAAAGAUCUUCGUACGUGGUACUAUGAAGAAAACAGGAAAUUAAUUAGUUUCUCCAAAGUUUCUAAUCCUCAUUAGGUUGGUUCCACCAUUUCCUUAAUUUCUCCGUGUAAUAAUUCCAAUUAACAACCCUUUUAUGUUACUUGUAUUUUUAUUUUUUUUAUAAUAAUUUUCCAGUUUGUGGUCUAUCAUAUCCUUAUUGCGUUCUCAUCUUGAUAAAGGGAAUAUGAUUCUCUUUUAACUA